AUGGCAGACGCAGCAGCGGCACAGUCUCGCGCCGACGCCGAGGCCGACGGCCACGGCCCCACCUCGGACUCGGCCGACGACUUCGAGUUCUGCAUCCUCUCGUCCGGUGGCAUCGUCCCGGCCGGCAAGGGCGCGGGCACGGACAUGUGCGUGGCCGACGAGGUCUUCUGCCAGGGCAAGCUGCUCCCGCUCCGCCCGUCCUCAGCCGCGGCCGGCGAUGGCGCGAGCGUCGCCACCACGCUGCCGAGGUCGGAGUCGGCGGCUUCCACCGUGGGCCUCGUGUCGCGGUCGGGCAGCCGCAGCGCCAGCUCCAGCGGCAGCAGCAGCGGGUGCGUCAGCCGGAGCCAGUCGUCCAAGAGCGCCUCCUCCGACCAGGGCGCCGCCAUCGUGCCGCCGCGGCGGUCGUUGUCGAGCAGCGUGUUCUACGCGCACCCGAGCCCGUCGCCGCAGCUGCGGCGCUCGGCGCGGCCGCGCCGCAGCACCGGGUCCGCCGCGCAGCCCGCCGCGGCGUGGGGCCUGUUCCGCCUCGGCGUCGUCGGCGUCCCGGACGUGUACCCACCACCGUCGCGCUCCGCAGCCGAUGCAAAGAUCGCCGCCGCCGCGGCGAGAGGCGGGGGCAGCAGGAGCGCGCGGUUCGAGCAGGUGGCCACCGCCGUUGACAGGAAGCUCGGAUUAGCGGCGCUGUUCGGGGACGGCCUCGGAUGCAAGUGCUCGCCCGACGCCAUCGAGCCCGUGCGCACGCUGGAGGCGGCGAAGAGGGGCAGGAAGAACGACGGCGCCAAGAGCGGCGGCCAGCGCGUCGCCCGGCGUAGUAGGAUCCUCGAUUGGCUCGAAGAGCUCUCCAUUGUCAAGGAAAAGAAGUAGGCUGAUUGCUCCGUCAAGAUCGUCAUUCAAUUGAAGUAAUUUGCGUACGAUGAUCAAGGGAAACAUUUUCUAGAUUUUUCCUAUCUAUGUCUGACUAGGAAGCAGUGCACCAAUGCUAUGCAAAGGAAUUAACGAGCAAUGAUCGAUUGCUAAUAACUCUCGAUUGCUCAUAACUUUAGUUUGUACAGACUAUACAGAGUCUGACUUCAUGGAUUCAUUGCUAAUCUUGUUCUGCUCCAAAUUUUGUAAAUCUCGCAAUCAGAGCACCUGCUUGUGCAGUUUUACGUUUUACCUUCA